CCACCUCUAGUCCACACCCAAACAGAACGGCCAGCAAACCAAACAAACAUUUCCCGAGGAAAGCAGCGAAAUUCCAAUAGAAUUUCCCACCCAAGGAUGCAAAAAUCAUCCCACAUUGCACGCGAGGAUUCCCAGGAGCACCUGCCCACCAGCCAAACCCACACGGUAAACAUGAAAAGGCGCACAUUAUCCGGAAGCUGUGGCGUUGGCGUCUUCGUGUUUGCCUUUGCCUUCAUUGCGAUUGCAUUUGCAACGCCCAGUUGGUUGGUCAGCGAUUACCGCAUCACGGGAGCCAAGUUGGAUCGCCUGGGAUUGUGGGUGCACUGCUUCCGCUCGCUGCCGGAUGUGAAUGAUGACAGCCAGAGGCGGUUCUUUGUGGGCUGCCGAUGGGUGUAUGACCCAUUUACCACGGGCUACGAUGAGAUCCGGGGAUUCCUGCUGCCCGCCUUCAUGAUAGCCACUCAGUUCUUCUACACCUUGGCCUUCAUCGGGAUGCUGCUGUCUGCCAUUGGAGUGCUCAUAUUCUUCCUUUGUGCAGGGCCGGAUCAGAAGCACUUUAUAACACUCAUAAAAUCGGUGGGCUAUGUGCUCCUUGGAGCCGGGGUAAGUGCAGCCAUUGCUGUGAUCGUUUUUGCUGGAUUUGGCAACCGCAAUGGCUGGAUGCCAGAACAUGCGAACAACUGGUUUGGAUGGUCGUUCAUCCUGGCCUGUGUGGGCACAGUGUUCACCUUGGUGGCGGCCACAUUAUUCCUCAGCGAAGCCCACGUGCAGCAAAGAAAGAGGAUUCAGUUCAAGGAAUCGCAGACGCGGUUCGAACUGGUGCGCGGAUAGUCGCAGUCGCAGCCACUGGCACACUUGCACCAAG